UGAGGGGAGGGGUCAGAUUGGUUGUUUGCCGGUGAAACUGAAAAUUUUGUUGAUUUCUCGCUCGUUCUAGCAAUUUCUGCAGAUCCACGGUCAAAGGAACAUAAAAGGUUGCCAUGAGUGUGCCAAACAAAAUUGAGCCCUAUCAGCCGGGUCCCAACGUGGUGGACAUCACCCCAAACCAGGAUGGUGGCGUCCAGAAGGAGAUCAUUGUUGAGGGAACAGGCAGGACGCCGCCUAAGGGCUGCAAGGCCUUUGUUCACUACACGGGAUCCCUGCUGGAUGGCACCGUCUUUGACUCAAGCCGCAACCGAAGCUCUGCUUUCGAUUUUGAGUUAGGAAAAGGUGCAGUUAUCAAGGCGUGGGACCUCGGAGUGGCCACGAUGAAAAAAGGGGAAAAGUCUAUGUUUGUCUGCAGAGAGGAUUAUGCUUAUGGCAAGAGUGGAAGUCCACCCACCAUUCCACCACUUGCCACUCUUGUCUUUGAGGUCGAGCUGCUUUAUUGGGAAGGCAAGGAUGUAAGCCCUGAAAGUGAUAAGAGUAUUAUGAUCAACGUGCUGGAGGAGGGAGAAGAGGGCUACUACACCCUCAACGAUGGUUCAUCUGUCGAUGUUAAAAUCACUGGCAAAUUCCAAGACCAAGUUUUUGAAUCAAGAGAGGUAUCAUUCAUGAUGGGCGAGGGCGCGGCCCUUGGCAUCUGCGAAGGUUUGGAAAUUGCUAUUUCUAAAAUGAAGAAGGGACAGAUAUCAGAGGUUGAAAUCAAAUCAAAGUAUGCCUUUGGCAACGGAGGAAAGGCAGAAUUCAACAUCCCACCUAACGCAGACAUUACUUACGAAGUUCACCUGAAGAAAUGCGAACGAUCUAAAGAGAGUUGGGACUUGGACAUGGACCAGAAACUUGCUGAGAGCAAAACCUUCAAGGAGAAAGGCACUCACUACUUCAAGAUAGAAAACUACCCUGUUGCUUUGCGCAUGUACAAGAGAGCGGUAGACCACCUUGAAUACAGCGAUGACUACAGCGAAGAGGCCAAAGCAAAGAAAGCCGAAAUUACAGAAUUGCUCCUGCAGUGCCGAUUGAACAUUGGCAUGGUUUAUUUAAAAAUGAACAAGGACAUCGAGGCCAAGGAAAUUUGCACCAAAGUGCUCGAACAGCAUCCUACCAAUGAGAAGGCUCUCUUUAGAAGAGGCCAGGCUCACAUGAAUAUGUUGGACUAUGAUCUGGCCCAAAAGGAUUUUGAGGAGAUCUUAAAAGUGGAGCCAAACAACAAGGCUGCCGCAAAUCAAAUCAAAAUGUGCGGCUUAAAAAUCAAAGAGCAGCUCAAUAAGGAGAAGCGGCUUUACAAAAAUAUGUUCGAGAAAUUCGCAUCCAUUGACAAGCAGAAAGAAGAGGCUGAGAUGCAGAAACUGCCAGACGUGUUAAAGUCCCUUGGUGAGUGGGGUCAGGAGGAGGGUGAGAAGCGGAGAGGAACCUUUGAGGAGGAGAACCCUGAAGUCACGCUUCUCAACAGCGCAGGCGAAUUCAAAAACAUGUAGAGCAUUCUCUCUUACUAGUUCACUUUUGACCAAAGUAUUUUUUAUAAACAUUCCCAAUGUUGCGGCUUAUGCGUUCAGCUGAACAAUUCUAUUAUAAUAUCGAGAUGUAAAGUACAUUGUGUGCAUCACUUAUGCGCAGUGUCUGCUGGUCAUGCUAGUUUUAAAUUUGGCAGCAACAAAAAUAAUUGCAUUGAUGUUUAAUCAUCCAAAGGCAUACACUUGAGAUGCUUUUAAUUCCUAUUAUAUUUGAGAAGGUAAACUGGAAAGGCCAAACUUGAUUGAGGGCUUUAAUCUUCUCGGUUCACGCAUUCUCAGCUUGUCAAUAAAUAAUUAUUUGAGA